AGCCGCAUCCUGGGCCGUGAAUGCGACGACGUAUGGAAGAGUGGUGAUUACGCCAUCGAGGCUUUAAGAGACUUGAUCACGGACUACGAAAGUGAGUCACCGUCAGAUACUCUUAGGCUGCUCCACUUGUCUGAGUGGGAAGAAGGAAGAGUAUAUGACAAGGACCCGCCGACCUGUAUACACUACCGUAUAGAGUGGCGUGUUACAGUCAACAAUCGAGAGGUGUCAAAGGACAUGGAGGAAGAUCUUGUUUUGGCCCCUAUUCUCUUCUUGGAGAAGAAAUUAGAGAAAGUUCUUCGACGAAAAAUUGCCCGUCAUCGUCAGGUGAGAGCCGAUGACACUGCGAUUGUCGUUUCAGUGAACGACCGAACCUAG